UAACAGCACAUGAUUUUGAGCAAUUUGAAAUGCCACCAGCAACGGAAUCCUUGGGCCCAAAACCAGCGUGGUCAGAUAAAACUGCCUCCAAUAGUCAGACGAUACAAAGUUUGUGGUCUGAUUUCACUCAAGAUACUGGACUUCAUGGAAUUAACAAACUGUCACCUGGACGCCGCCACAAAGUUAGGCGUGCUUUGUGGGCGGUUCUGGUGUUCACUAUGGCAGCGUUCAUGUCCUACAGUAUAACGAUUGAACUCAUCAACUACUGCAGAUACCCAGUGAACACCAACACGAAGGUUGAUGUGCUGGAGGAAAUAGCGUUUCCAGCUGUCACCUUCUGCAGUCAUAGUCCUUACAACUUAAGCAAAGUUAAUGCUGCUGAUCCUAGCCUCCACAAGUUCUUCAACAAAAUCAGUAUUUUGGGAAGUUUGUCGAGUCCAGUAAAUUGGAGCGACCCCGAAUAUAACAUGCCAACAUUUCAGGAGAGUCAGAGCCUCAAGUGGUGGAAAGACUUGGGCAUGAGUCCGAACGAAAUGUUUUACAUGUGUCUGAUGAAUGAAGUUAUAUAUCAUCCUUGCAUGAAAGUAAUGAAACCUGUUUUCACUCACACGGGUAACUGUGCAACGUUCAACUGGAAUACUUCCGAUGUGGCUAAGGUUCGCGUUACUGGUUCAGAGAACAAUCUCAUCAUGUAUGCUGAGAUUGACCAGGUCAACUACGUUCUUGGGUCGCAACUUGCAGCCGGGAUAAAGGUGAUCUUACACGAUCCUCGUGUCCACCCUGAUGAAGCAAAGUCCUCCUUCCUAGCAGCUCCUGGGACAUCAACAUACGCUGCUGUACACAAAUCACGGCUGUUCCGGUUGGCAAAAUUCAAACAAGGUAAUUUGGCUAAUAACUUUCCUCAAGCUCCAAGUGUAUUGAUGACCUUAUAUCGUUCAAGCACCAUAAAACAGGCAUUUCCCCCCUACUGA